AUGUCGUCGCACGGGUCUCACGAUGCCGCCAGCAGCGGCGCCGAGAAGACGGCCGCCUCUCACGACAUCGAGCCUGUCGGCGUCCGCCAACGCAUCCCCAUCGUCAAGGCCGGCCAUGGCGAGGCCGCCAAGGUCGAAGGCGCCCAGGAGAAAACAGUCCAUAACGUGAGCCUCGACAACUCGCCCUCGCCCUCGCCCUCGCCCUCGCCCUCGCCCCCGCCCCCGGCCAAGGCCGAGUUCUUCGCCGCCGUCCAAGAGUCGGAAAUCAGAGCCUGGAGCAAGCAGUCGCUCCUGCUCUACUACUGCAUCUUCGUUGCCUUUUGCUGCGCCUGCGCCAACGGCUAUGACGGCAGUCUGAUGACGUCCAUCAUUGCCAUGGACCACUUUCAAAACGUAUUCCAGACCGGCAAGACGGGCACUCAGGUGUCGGUCAUCUUCUCCCUCUACACUGUGUUGGUCUCCCCGAGUCCCCGGGCGCCGUCUGGUUCCAUGGUCGGCGCUCCGUUUGCCGCCGUGCUCUCGGAUCGUUUCGGGCGCAGGAAGGGCAUGUUUUGCGGUGCCAUUGUCAUCAUUCUCGGCUCCAUCAUCAUCGCCAGCUCCGGCACGCUCCCGCAGUUCGUCGUCGGCCGCUUCAUUCUCGGCUUCGGCAUCUCCAUCAUGACGGUGGCUGCUCCGGCAUACGCCAUCGAGAUCGCGCCGCCGCACUGGCGUGGCCGCUGCACGGGCUUCUACAACUGCGGAUGGUUUGGUGGUUCCAUCCCGGCCGCCAUCGUCACGUUCGGCACCAACUACAUCGACAACGACUACUCGUGGCGCAUCCCGUUGAUCCUCCAGGCCUUUACCUGCCUUAUCGUUUUGGGCUCCGUCUUCUUCCUCCCCGAAUCGCCGCGCUUCCUGAUGGCCAACGGACGCGAGGAAGAGGCCAUCGCCUUCCUGACCAAGUUCCACGGCAACGGCAACCGCGAGGCGAAGCUAGUCGUGCUCCAGGUCGAGGAGAUGAGGGAGGGCAUCGCGCUCGACGGCAUCGACAAGGUGUGGUGGGACUACCGCCCGCUCUUCCUCACCCACAGCGGCCGCUGGCGCAUGGCCCAGGUGCUCAUGAUUUCCAUCUUCGGCCAGUUCUCCGGAAACGGCUUGGGCUACUUCAACACGGUCAUUUUCGAGAACCUCGGCGUCAAGAGCGUCCCGACCCAGCUCGGCUACAACAUUCUCAACCAGGUCCUGUCGGCCGUCGGCGCCCUGACGGCUGUUGCCUUCACUGACAGGAUGCCCCGCCGCAAGGUGCUCAUUAUUGGAACGCUGCUCUGCUCGGCCACGCUCGCCACCAACUCGGGUCUCUCGGCUGCCCUUGCCAACCAGGGCGCAAACAUCGACAUCUCGUACGGCCAGGGUGCCCUGGCCUCGUACUUCCUCUUCAACGUCAUCUUCUCCUUCACCUACACGCCCCUGCAGGGAGCCAUCCCCACCGAGGCUCUUGAGACGACUACGCGCGCCAAGGGCCUCGCUCUCUCGGGCUUCCUCGUCAAUGCUGUCGGCUUCAUCAACCAGUUCGCCGGACCCAUUGCUCUCGGCAACAUUGGUUACCAAUACAUCUACGUCUUUGUCGGCUGGGAUGUCGUCGAGGCCCUCCUGUGGUACCUGUUUGGUGUCGAGUCGCAGGGCCGCACCAUCGAGCAGCUCGAGUGGGUCUACCAGCAGCCCAACCCGGUCAAGGCGUCGCUCCAGGUCGACAAGGUCAUCGUGGCCGAUGGAAAGGUCUUGGAGAAGGUCGUCGACGUGACUGCCUGA